AUGUCGCGAAGCGUAUGCCACACGAAGCCGUGCCCCCAUGCACGAAUCCUGCUAGCACAAGCGUCUCCCUUGUCCCACUCUCUCCCCUUCUGCCCCCGACUCUCCCCCCUAUCCUCCUCUUUCCCCCUGUCCUCUCCCCCCUGCCCUCCCUUCUCCCCCCUGUCCUCCGCUCUCCCCACCUGUCCUCUCCCCCCUGUCCUCCGCUCUCUCCCCCUGUCCUCUCCCCCUUGUCGUCCUCUCUUCCCUCUGUCAUGUCCUCCUCUAACCCCCUCCUCGUCCUUUCUCCCCCCUGUCCUCCUUUCCCCCCCUGUCGUCGCACCUCCCCUUCCCCCCAGAUCGCCCCUCCCCCAGGUCGCACCUCCCCAUUCCCCCCAGGUCGCUCCUUCCCUUUCCCCCAGGUCGCACUUCCCCUUUCCCCCAGGCCGCACUUCCCCUUUCAUCCCAGUCCUUGCCUCCCUGCGUUCAUAUCUUCUGCCGUCCCUCCCAUCCUCUAACCUCUGCCAGAUCUACCUGCCCAUGUCCUCACCUCCAUGCAUCUGCACGCUGAUUCCGCUCUCUCUGUUCACUCCCUCACUUGGUCACCGACUGUCCUGCUAUACCCUGCCAGAUCUCCAUUUCCUUCCUUAG